AAUGCAUAUAAAAUUGAAUGUAUAAUUCUUGACGGAUUGAUUAAGAGUUACAACAUUCCUAUAAAAAUAGGUGUAGAUGGUCAACUGGGCAUCAAUCGCACUUGGAAGUUCCUACAGUAAUCAACAACAUGCGUGGAUUUUUGGUUCUUUGCUUUAUUGCUGCUGCGUCGGCCGAAGGAUAUAAUUACACUCCACUUAGCGGAGGAAGCGUGAGUGGAAGCAGCAGCCACAGCCAUCAUCAUAUUGGAAGUGUUGGGAGUGGAUUCACCAGCAGUGGACUUAGCUCCGGAAGCUCCUUCAGCUCUGGUUUAAGUUCUGGAUCGCUCAGCAGUGGCAGUGGUUCCUUCAGCUCCUUAAGCAGUGCUGGUGGAAUCAGCUCUAGUGGAAGCAGUGUUGGUGGAUUCAGCGCUCCCGGCCAAACAAUAACCGAACUCAACAAGGAAUAUUACUUGUACUCUGCUCCUGAGGAAACAGUUCACAGUGGUUCCAACAGCCAAAGUUCAACGACAACAUUGAAGAAGAACCUUCGUGUAAUCUUUAUCAAGGCCCCAGAAAACAAUGGAGCUGCUAACGCUGUACUCCAAAUUGCCAAGCAAAUUAAUGAAGACCAAACAGCGAUUUAUGUCCUUACCAAGGAGAACGAUGUCUCUGAAAUCACCAACCAAUUGCAACAAAUCUCAGAAAUUCGUUCCAAGAAACCAGAAGUUCGCUUUGUCAAGUACAGGACCGCUCAAGAUGCCAUCAAUGCUCAAAACGCUAUUCAAGCUCAAUAUGAUGCUCUUGGUGGAAGCACAAAGAGCUCCAACGAAGGUGUUGUUCCAGUACUCAAUUAUGCUUCCAAGGCUUCAGCUUCGAAGGUACAAACUUCUGCUUCCCAUCAACAUUCAAGUGUUGUAUCAUCAACAUCCGCAUCGGGAUCUGCUUCUGCGUCGCAAAAGUCAUACUUGCCACCUGCUGUUUAAAAAUGUGAUCCAGCAAAUUCGAGAGAGAAUUACAGCACCUGUUAAAUAGUUUUAAGUUUUGUUUUGAAUUUAAAAAAAAAAUAAAGUUAAAUAAUUGUUGAAAAAAAUUAA